CCAUGUUUAUCUCCAGACUUUCCAUCCUCGCCUGCGCGUCGGGCGUGCUUUUCGCAUCCGCGCUCGGCGCUCCUCAUGAGAGUCACGAUCACUCGAUGGAGAAGCGCCUGCCUUCUACUUGGGAUCAUCCGGUCGACCAUCCUGCCUAUGCUUUGUUCAGGCGCGGCGCCGCGACCGACGGAGCAACAUACCCUCAGGUCGGCUCCUCUACAUGGGCAGCGGCGUACCCCUCGAGCACUCCUGAUCCGGCAUCAGUGCCCAAGGCGUGGUCCGACGCUCUGAAUGCGGCUGUAGCUGCAGGAAAAAUACCGGACAUACCGCCGUCCUCGAUCGCGACAGGAAAUCCCGUCUAUCCGAACGGCUUUGAUCCCAACGGCCAGGUUGUCUGCUCUGCUACCUACAAAUGCCGCAACGCCGGCGACAUCUGGGAUGCUCCCGAAGGCGUCUUCGGCUCUGGUUUCGACGAUGGACCCCUUCCGACGUCCGAACCUUUAUACGACUUCCUGGCGAACAACAGCGUCCAUGCGACGCACUUCAUGAUCGGCGUGAACAUCCUUUACAACCCGACCGUCUUCUCGAAGGCUUUCAACAACGGGGAUGAUAUUGCUGUUCAUACCUGGACUCACCCGUACAUGACCACGCUCUCAAACGCGGACGUCGUCGCUCAACUCGGCUAUACCAUGGCGAUCAUCCAUGAUUCGACCGGAGGCCGCCUGCCCCGUUACUGGCGCCCGCCCUACGGUGACUCUGAUAACCGCGUCCGCGCCAUCGCUGCAGAGGUAUUUGGUCUGCAAACCAUCAUCUGGAACCAAGACACCGAAGACUGGAGCCUCACGAGCGGCGGCACUACUCCAGAAAAGGUCGCGAGCAGCCUUCACCAAUGGAUCACAGGUCCCAAGUCCCCGGGCCUCAUCAUCCUUGAGCACGAACUGUCCAACUUGUCGGUGGACGCGUUCAUCAACGCGUUCCCGCUCAUCCAACAAAACGGCUGGCAGUUCACCCCCGUCACGCGCCUGAACAAGUCCGUGCCGUACCAAAACUCGGAUGACAACACGGACAGCGUCACGCCAGAAUCGGUCGGCGUGCUGGCGGCAGCCACCUCCUCUGCGUCUCCCACCGCGAGCUCUUCUUCCGCUGCAUCCGUGGCGCCCACAUCCGCAUCAUCGCAGGUGACGAGUAUCAAGUCCUCGGUCGUCGCCCAGACGUCGACUUCAUCGUCGGCUGCGGUAACGACUAGUGGCGUUUCCGAGCAGCGGACGUCGAGCGGAGUCUCGAUGCGCGCUGCGUUGGCAGAUCGGUCGUUGGCCUGGACAGCGAUUCUCGCCCUCGUGUUCUCUAUUAUGAUCGUAUAUUAAUUGAAUAUAGGACUUCCUCGUGUGUAGCGGAACAUCGGACCUCUCAUAACUACGGACAUUCCGCAUGCAAAUAGGUGUAUAUUGAUAUAAUUAGCCACGUAUAGAUAAUGUGUCCUCGGUUUUAUCCCAUUUGUCCAUAAUCCCCUGGACCUCUCAACAGCGCCCGUCAUACAGAAAUUGUCCGCGCUAAUCUGGAGUCUCCUUCGAGCCAAACGCGAACCCAAUCGCGCGAGCACCGUCUUUCCUCCGUCUGCGGAAUGACGUGCAGCUGAGCAGGCGCGAUCGACGAGACGCGUUGGCAUUGGGCGAGCGCCGUGGACUGUUCCGCGAUCCGCGCCUCCGCAUGGGCCUCCACGACUAUGCGGCGCACGUUGGCGGGUGAUCGCGGUGUGGCAGACGAAGAGGCAUCGCCGUCGUCUUCGGUUUCGUACCCCAGCAUGUGCAGCAACUGCCCUCGGCUCUUCGAGGU